UCCGGGCCGGGAUGGCGGAGGGGCCGGAGGUGCGCGAACUGGACUCGGACGGGAGCAGCGAGGAGCUGGUGCUGACCCCCGCCCAGCUCCUCCGCAGCCUGGAGCAGGCCUGGCUGAAUGAGAAGUUUGCCCCAGAGCUGCUGGAGAGCAAGUCUGAAAUCGUGGAAUGUGUCAUGGAGCAGCUGGACCACAUGGAGUCAAAUCUGAAACGAGCCAAGCACGGAGACCUGAAGGUCAGCAUCCACCGCAUGGAGAUUGAGAGGAUCCGCUAUGUCCUCAGCAGCUACUUGCGCUGCAGGCUUGUGAAGAUCGAGAAGUUUUUCCCUCAUAUCCUGGAGAAGGAGAAGUCCCGAGCGGAAGGAGAGCCUUCCGUCCUCUCUCCAGAGGAGUUUGCCUUUGCUAAAGAGUACAUGGCGAACACAGAAACCUACUUGAAAAACGUGGCCCUGAAACACAUGCCUCCCAAUCUGCAGAAAGUGGAUCUCCUGAGACUGGUUCCCAAACCCAACCUGGACUCCUUUGUAUUUCUGAGGGUGCAGGAGAGGCAGGAAAACAUAUUGGUGGAGCCAGAGACCGAUGAGCAGAGGGAAUAUGUGAUUGACCUGGAGGAGGGCUCACAGCAUCUGAUCAGAUACAAAACCAUUGCCCCCCUGGUGGCCUCGGGAGCAGUUCAGCUAAUUUAAGACACCA